UGCUUGUCAGACAGCCGGAUAUAUUAGAGAUUAAUUGAGCACGUGAGCUAGGCUAAUGAACGUCAGUCGCUCUCCCUCUUGUCCAUACAUUUCACUGUCUGCUGGAGAAGCGGUGGGCCGAAGUGGGAACUGAGGCGACUUAGUGACAAUGUUUGACUUGAAGAAGAGGAAUAGUUUGACUCUGAACUGCAGCCGUGAGACGGAGGAGUUCAGAAGGGUGGCGGUCCGCCGGAAGGUCAAAGGUGCUGCUGCUGCGGUGGACUGCCACUCCUCACAUACAGUAGUGAGUGGUGGGGUGUGUGGCUCGUACAGCUGUGGCCGUGCUUCUGACGGCGUCUCUGGUGUAGAGGAAGACAGAAGCCCAGCUAAAGGUUCACCUUUCAAACCACAGGUGCCUCCUAAACCAGCUCACCUCCAGAGUCCUCUGAGGGCAGGGCAACCUCAAGCCCAUAGUCCCACUACAGGAAAAACACUACCUCAGCCAGCUAAUGGAACAGAGCAAGACCAGAGCCCUAACAGAGCUUACAGCAUUGCUCUUUCCUGUGUCAGCCCAGCACAGAGUUGUCUCGGCUCCCCUAGUCCUAUCAGAGGAGGGGGAGGGAACAGUUUUCUGAAUGGUGUGUCUGGAGCGAAUAUCAGCCCUGCCAGACCUAUUCAUGGGAUUCCAAAUCUUUCAAGCAGUCCAGUUUUCGGAUCUCCAAGCCCAGGCAAAAGAGGCCUUCAGAGCUGUAGCCCACUAAGGGAAGGAGGACACAGCCCUGCUAAGUUGUCCCCAAGGAACCAGAGCCCUCUCGCAGGAAGAUUGCGAACCCCCAGCCCUGUGCAGGGGAAGAUGGGAAGCUACAGCCCUGCCAAGAUCUCUAAAUCCUGGCUAGGACUGCACAGAAUUCCAAGUGGCAAGAUGGACAGACAAGAGAAGACAGCAGGGAAAUCUUUGAGUGUGCCUGACUUGAUUGUUUACUUGGAUGAGAGCAGGAUUCCUGCUGAAAAAGUUCAGCGCUCUCCACUGAAAGUGCUGCAGUCGCCCAAAUGCAACAGGACAGCCAUCACCAUCAAAGCACCAGUUAACCAUAGACUCACUCAAUCCACAAAUGAAGCUCAUCUAUCAAACAAAGGCAAAGAGCAUCACCCUAGAAAAAUUAAUGAUGUAUUGCAGGGGAAGGAUUCCACAGUAGUAAUCAUGAACGGAAUAAAUGACAGAAUGGAAGAUGGUAAGCUCACCAAAGGAUAUGGCUCCACAUUUUCCUGCCAGGGGAACGAGGCGACUACAGAAGAUGGCAGGACUCACAGAGAGUCUAAAAGUGACCAGAAAGAGGAGGGAGGAGGAGGUGAGCCAAAAGAUGAAGACAACACAGAACAGAAGUUGUACAAAAUAGCCAGUGAACUCCUGCAGACUGAGAGGGCCUACGUGUCUCGUCUCCACCUGCUAGACCAGGUGUUCUGCGCACGCCUGACAGAGGAGGCAAGUCGAGGCUCAUUUCCUCCUGAGGUGAUAAGAAACAUCUUCUCCAACAUCUCCUCUAUCUACUCCUUCCACAGCCAGUUCCUGCUACCUGACCUGGAAAACUGCCUGAGCCAGUGGUGUGUGAGCCCAGGUCUGGGUAAGGUUCUGCUGCAACACGCACCCUUCCUGAGGAUGUAUGCCGACUACGUCAGGAACUUUGACCAGGCCAUGGAGCUGCUGAGGACCUGGACUGAGCGCUCCUCUGCCUUCAGAAACCUCAUCCAGGACAUACAGAGUCUGGAGUCAUGUGACAGCCUGACCCUGCAGCACCACAUGUUGGAGCCAGUCCAGAGGGUUCCCCGUUAUGAGAUGCUGCUCAGGGAUUACAUAAAGAAACUGCCCAAGGAUAACCCAGAUUAUGAGCUUGCUCACAAGUCCUUGCAGACAAUUUCCAUGGCAGCCACCCACUCAAACAGCGCCAUCCACAAAGCUGAGGGCCUGAAGCGGUUGCUGGAGAUCUAUGAGAUGGUUGGAGAGGAGGAAGUGGUCAACCCGGCAAACGAGUUCCUCAGGGAAGGUCGUCUGCUCAAGCUCGCUGCCAGGAACACGUCUGCCAUGGAGAGGCACCUGUUCCUGUUCAACAACUUUCUGCUGUGCUGCACUCCGAAGUUCAGCCUAGUUGGGCAGCGUUUUACUGUGCGCUGCAGGAUUGGUGUGGAUGGCAUGCAGGUGCAGCAGACCACCAAUGAAGACCACCCAUACAGCUUCCAGGUCUCUGGAAAGGAGAGGACCCUUGAGCUUCAGGCCAGCUCUGAACAAGACAGAGAUGAGUGGAUAAAGGUAAUUCAGGAAGCCAUUGAUGAGUUUCAGAAGAAAAAUGAAACUUUCAAAUUGGCAUCUAAGGAACUAAACGUAGAAGAACCCAUAGAGGAACUCGGCCGACGUGCCCCCCGCUGGAUAAGGGACAACGAGGUGACCGUAUGCAUGAAAUGUCAGGAGCCCUUCAAUGCGCUCACAAGGAGAAGACACCAUUGCAGGGCCUGUGGCUGCGUGGUGUGCUGGAAGUGUUCAGACAACAAAGUGGCUUUAGAGUAUGAUGGCAACAAGCUGAACAAAGUGUGUAAAGAUUGUUACUCCAUCCUGACUGGUCAGAGGGGGGAGGGGAAGAAGAGACGAAUGCUGGAGUCUGAGAUGUCUCCAGAGUCCAGUGACAGCAUCAUGAGUGGCUUCCUGCUGUAUGGUGACGACCCCAACACCUGGCAUCAGGUGUGGUCCGUUAUUACCAGGACUGAAUCGCUGGCCCUCUGUCUGUACACUGCUCCACAGGAUGCAAAGCCCCUGUCCUGUAUACCUCUACUGGGCUGCGGUGUGGAGGAUUCCCCUCAGGAGCUCCAGGGUCAACCUUGUUUCUGUUUAAGGCAAUCCAGGAUGACCCACACUUUCUCCUGCGACGGCCUGGACGUCAAGCACAGCUGGCUGACAGUUCUGAAAGCUGCUGUGAUAGGCAGGGUGCCAGAGGGCCCACUCGGUGGCAUUGACGUCAUCACCAAUGGCCCCAGAUGUGGCAUUAAUGGUAAUGUUAAUGAUGGAAGAGUCUUCACUGGUGAGGAACCUAACGGUGGCAAAAUGAAAAGCCACUCCUGAUUGAGAGAGAUUAGACACUGUGGAAUGUUCUCGCACAAGCAUGUACAUACGGCAACAGAUGGAACCAUAAAAUCCAUAAAGACAGUAGCUUUGAACUACAUAUUUGAUGAAAUGAAUGAAAUCUAGAAGUGAAAUUCAGGAAUAUAAAGGUUGUUAUAAUAUGAUAUUCAGACUGUUUUCCUUUUAAGUGGCAAUGCACUUUAUUUCCGAAAUGGUUUACAGUAAAAUAAAUAAAGUGAAGGUGUUUUAA